AUGCAGUUCAUCGUCGCUCUCGCUGCUUUCGCCGGUGUCGCUCUGGCUCAAAGCACCAGCAUUGCCCUUCCCAAGGCUGGUGACACCGUGGCUGCCGGCAGUGAUCUGGUCGUUCAAAUCCAACGUCCUGACACUCUGACUGGAUCCGAUGAGAUCGUAGUCGCUAUUGGAAUGGUUUCUUGCCCCGGCGAGACGACUUGCCCCUCUGCUGGAGAGGCACUGGGAAACCUUUUGUACCACGGCAGCUUCGACCCUGACUUCGGAACUGGCUCAUACUAUCCUUAUGAGAACUUUACUAUCACUGUUCCAUCUUCCUUCGCAGCUGGUAAUGCCCAGGUCAAUGUGGCACAUCUUUCCACAUACGGUGCCUCCGGCGAGACUCUGUACGAGACCUACGACCAGACCGUAGUCAUCUCCUAG